AGAUGCUGACAUUAAAGCAGAUAUUAUUCCGAGUUUUAAGGGGUUAUUUGUUCAGAUGUGGUAUGGCAAUUCAUAACUAGUUAAAUAAAGAAUAUUAACCAAUAUAUCCGAGUAAGUGAGUUCGAUCCGUCCGGAUAUGAGGCUCGAUUGGCUUCUCCCACUUCCGCUUUUUACGACAACAACGUUGUUGCACAUGGGGCACAGUGGCUAGUGAUAGAUAGCAUUUUUGCCCCCAUCCGAUAUAUUAUAUUACAGCUUUGCGUGUCAUAUAUUAUACCACAGAACAUCAGAAAUUACGAUGGGUAAGAAAAAGUCAAACGGACCAGGCGUACUGGGCCGAUCUCUGAUAAAGGAGAGACUCCAGGCAGGCCGAGGAAACAAGAGGGGCGACUCCUGGAUUCAUACCAGUGAGCUGAAUGAUGGCUAUGACUGGGGACGGCUGAACCUGCAGUCAGUGACAGAACAGAGUUCCAUGGAUGAUUUUCUAGCCACCGCCGAAUUGGCAGGAACAGAGUUUGUUGCAGAGAAACUCAACAUCAAGUUUGUGCCAGCGGAAGCUAGAGCAGGCUUGAUAACAGCUGAGGAGAGAACCAGGCUGAAGCAGCUGCAUGAAGACAACAAGCAUUUCCUCAGAAUUCCUCGACGACCCCACUGGGAUGAAGGCACCAGCCGAGAAGCGCUUCAACUAGCAGAGAAAGACAGCUUUUUGGAGUGGAGACGAGCGCUUGCACAGCUAGAAGAGGAGCAGAAGUUAUUUCUCACCCCAUUUGAGAGGAACCUGGAGUUCUGGAGACAACUGUGGAGAGUGAUCGAGAGGAGUGAUGUCGUCGUUCAAAUUGUUGAUGCCAGAAAUCCUUUGCUGUUCAGAUGUGCUGACCUGGAGUUGUACGUAAAGGAGGUGUCCGAGCAUAAGGUGAACAUGCUGUUGGUGAAUAAGGCCGACCUGCUGACCAGACAGCAGAGGCGAGUCUGGGCUAGAUACUUCCAGAAACAAGGGAUGAGGACAGUUUUCUGGUCUGCCCUGGCUGAGAGCGACAGACUGGAUGCAGAGGAGAAGGCCACGGAAGUGGAGGAUCCAAAGUGUGUAGAGAGUGUAGAGAGUGACCCAGACGAGGAAGGACAGCCGGACAAUGAAGAUUUGACCCAAAAAGGGGCAGCUGGAGAGGAGGAGAUGAAGACGGCAGAGGAGGAUGAAGACCAGCAGGAAAAGGUAACUGUACAGGAGGAGGACUGGCACACCUGCUCAGAAGACGAUUAUGAAGAAGAGGAGGGAACUGCUGGUUCAUCCAAUAAAUCCUCCUUCCACAACUCAAGCCGUCUGCUGCAUAUGGACGAGCUGCUCGCCGUGUUUAAGGCUGUACACAACGGGCCCAGGUGUAGAGAAGAACAACUGACAGUAGGACUGGUUGGGUAUCCUAAUGUGGGAAAGAGUUCCACCAUCAACACCAUCCUGAGGAACAAGAAGGUGUCCGUUUCAGCCACUCCUGGACACACGAAGCACUUUCAGACUCUGUAUGUGGAGCCAGGCCUGUGCCUCUGUGACUGCCCAGGUCUGGUCAUGCCCUCCUUUGUUUCUACCAAAGCUGAGAUGAUCUGCUCUGGGAUCCUGUCCAUUGACCAGAUGAGAGAUCACGUCCCUGCAGUCUCUCAUAUAUGUCAGGUGAUCCCUCGACAUGUGUCAGAAGGCACCUACGGCAUCAACAUCAUCCGACCACGAGAAGACGAAGACCCCGACAGGGCCCCCUCCUCUGAGGAGAUGCUGAUGGCUUAUGGAUACAUGAGAGGCUUCAUGACUGCGCACGGCCAGCCUGAUCAGUCCAGAUCAGCCCGUUACAUCCUGAAGGAUUUUGUCAGCGGAAAGCUUCUGUACUGUCAUCCUCCUCCACAUAUUGAUGCCGAAGACUUCCAGCCGCAGCACAGCAAGUUCCUGAAAAAAGACUUUGACUGCAGUGACUUCUCCUCCACAACACCAAACAACAACAACAAAAUUAGGAGAAUUGAAAAUGUGGUUGACAAGAACUUCUUCCAUCAGGCGAAUGUGCGGGCGCUCUCCAAGGGGGUUCAGUCUGUUAUGGGCUACAAGUCAGGCAGCGAACCUGUCCCUCCAGGAAAACCUGACCCUCCAGGGAAACCUGAAUCAGAGAUGGUAGCGGGGAAACCCUGGAAAAAACACGGCAAUAAGAACAAGAAGGAAAAAGUACGCCGUCUUAACAGGCAUCUGGAGGCCUGACGGAUCUGAAAUUAAAGCACUUUUAAUUACAGAUAAUUUCAGUAGGAAUGGAAAAAAAACCCUUUACUACAGUUCACACGAUGUGAUUCCAAAGGAAUUAAUGCUGAGCAGUAUCUGUAGAUAGAUGCAGGCUCUUUAAUCCUGUGAGUAUGGACGGGUCAGGCUUUCUCCAUGUUAACAAAUUAGGUGCAUAAUCUGUCAAAGUCCUGUUGGUGCAAUGCAUUCCAUCAACUGGAUCACCAGAUCUCACCAGUUGCUCACCACAGUGUUCAGAAGGGGUUGAAUUUUAUAAAAUGUUGAACAGGACUUUUUUUCCAUUUAGAAGGUGUUUCAAAAGACUCGUCUCAAAGGCUACAUUACACAGAUAAAUGACUGUAUGUUUGAUACUGCAUUUAUCAAUAUACACUUGUGAUUAAUGUAACUAAAAUGGAUUAUAAAAUAAAUUGAGUGUUUUCAUGA